CCGCGGUCAGAGCGCGAGCAGCAGCGUCUCCACAGCAGCAGCAUCAUCACAGGGAGAGUCAGAGGCGACCUCAAUUAUUUUAGAAGCGCAAUUAUCACAAAACUCCCCGAGGGGUUUGGCAUGUGGGAAGGGAAAUUAAUGAAGAAGGAGGGCGAAGCAGACUGCGCGUCUCCGCUGCGACAGAUGUUGGGAAAGUGUGUUUGAAUGUUGAUAUAAGAAGAGGAAGAGGAAGAAGAGGAAGCAGAGGGGAAAGUGUCCUGCAGAGAGAUGAACACGCUUUUCAGCUGGAGACGGACGAUGAGCGAUGAAGAGGUGCGAGUUUGGGUGCGAUCGUUUCUACACUGAAAGCUUUCAAAGGAUACUCCGAAUGGCCCGGUAUUAACAGAUCCACGACUCUACAGAGGACUUAACUCAAGUCUGACUCCACCUUGACUGUCACUGGUUAUGAAAAUCUGCACUCCAACACUGAAACGGCUGGGGGUAAGAUGUUUGUGGAGUCAGUCGUCAGAUGGGGCGCGUGGAGCAUCCUGCUCCAGUUGGGACUGGGUGUUUCUGCAGGAAGCUGUCCUCCACGCUGUGUGUGUCGACCUGAGACAAAAGAAGUGAUCUGUUCAGGCAAACACUUGAACUCAGUGCCAGAGGGCUUUUCCGGUGAUGCCAGGCGUUUGGAUUUAUCCCACAAUAAGAUUAAGACUGUGGGGCGCCGCCAGUUCUCUGGGCUCCAGCAGCUUCAAGAGUUGGAUCUCAGUGAUAAUCUAAUCUCCAUGAUUGAGGUGGAGGCUUUCCAAGGCCUACAGAGCCUCAGGACGCUUCGGAUUAAGAAUAACCGACUCAAGAUCAUCCCGGUUGGGGUGUUUUCCGGCCUGAGCAGUCUGCGCUUUCUGGAUUUGAGUCAGAAUGAGAUUCUGGUAUUUUUGGACUAUACCUUCAGAGAAAUGGUGAACCUCCAAACACUGGAGGCCGAGGAGAACGACUUGGUGUUCAUCUCCCAGAGGGCUUUCUUUGGACUGCAGAACCUGCAGGAGCUCAACAUAGACCGCAGUAACCUGACCUCCGUUCCCACCGAGGCGUUUUCCCAGCUCCAGAAUCUGGCGCAUCUCCGCAUGCUGCGCCUCACCAUUUCUUCCUUGUCCAACAACGCUUUCCGACGACUCCACCGACUGCGUAGCCUCGUGAUUGCAAACUGGCCAGCUUUGGACACAGUGGCCAGCAACAGCCUGAUCGGUCUUAAUUUGACCUCCCUCGUCAUCAGCAGCUGCAAUCUGAGUGCUAUUCCUUACUCAGCACUUCGUCACCUUGUGUAUCUGCACUUCCUGGACCUGUCCUACAACCCCAUCACCGUUAUCCAAGGUCAUCUGCUCGGGGACCUCCUGAGACUCCAGGAGCUACACCUUGCUGGUGGGAGCCUGCUGAGAAUAGAGCCCGGGGCCUUUAGGGGCCUGGCAUACUUUCGCAUGCUUAAUGUGACAUCCAAUCAGCUUACAACUUUGGAGGAGAGCGUCUUCCACUCUGUGGGGAACCUGCAGGUGUUGCGGUUGGAUGGGAAUCCGCUAGCAUGUGACUGCAGGCUCCUUUGGGUUGUCAGACGCAGAUUGCGCUUGAACUUUGAUGGACGUCAGCCCACAUGUUCGUCGCCGGACACGGUGAGGCAGCGUGAGUUCAGAGACUUCUCCGAGAAGGAGCUCCCGAGGUUGUUUACCUGCCGACCUGCUCGUGUCAUGGACCGCAGGCCGCAGGAGGCAAGAGUAGAGGAGGGAACUACGGUUCUUUUUUCCUGUAAGGCUGAAGGGGAUCCAGCCCCGGCCAUCACCUGGAUCUCAUCCCAUAGAAAUGUGGUUACGGCAACAGGACGAAUCAGGGUUUUGCUGAAUGGAACUCUAGAAGUGCGUUUUGCUCAAGUUCAGGACAGUGGCACGUAUCAGUGCCUGGCGGGGAAUGCAGCCGGCAAUGACAGCCUGACUGUUGGACUGUAUGUGAAGGGGCUCCCUCGUAACAGAACCAUCCCCUACCUGUCAGAAGAGGCCUGGGCCGAGCCUUCAAAUCCCCAAGCGGCCAACUCCUCAGCACAGAUGGCCAAGCCAUACCCGUUUGAUGCCAAGACCCUCAUCAUCGCCACCACCAUGGGCUUCCUGUCCUUCCUCAGCUCGGUAGCCAUUUGUUUUGUUUUCAUGUUCUUCUGGAGCCAGAGCAAAGGUCAGAUCAAGCAUACGGCGACCAUUGACUUUGUUCCCCGGUCUUCCAUGGGGGGAGGAGGGGAUGGAGGUGACGGUGGCCGGUUCACCAUGAAACUUAUUUAAAGCCAAGGAAGAGGGGGAAGGGGUCCUUUUAGUGACUGUGACAUUGCUCCUCUGCACUGUGGAGCCCUGAUGGGACACUGGAGGACAGAGACCUGUAUUCAGAGGCCCCCUUUGGAAGGCAAAUCAGAACUGGUUUGUUCUCUUCUAAUUUUAGAGUGGAAAGUUACAUCUCAGCACCCACUUUGCUGUGUUAUCUAACUAAUGAAUAUGUCAUGAUCCUGGAAUAGAAAGAUGUAAAAAGGUUGUAGGCAGAGCUUUCUUGGACUGAAUAAACAGACGAACACUGAACUAGCACAGGCUGAGUUUUCUAUGUAGCAUGUAAUAAUUCUUUUCACGUAUUAUUGGAUUUACACUCGAAGGCCGUUCGGGGUUUCACACAUUCAUCAAAAGUUUUCGACAUUGUUGAAACACACCAGGUGCUUGUUUAUCCAUACUGUACAAGUGUGAUCAGCUCUUUGUCUUCAAUUGCUUUGACAAGGCUUAAAAACAUUUGCCCCCUCGACCCCUCCGGUUGCUAUUUCUGCUUUGCCACAGGGGAUCAUGCUGAAGACUGCUACUUCAGCACGAGCUGCAAGACUCUAACAUGUGAGAAUGUGACUAUGAAGUACUUGUAAUAACAACAUGGAAUGGACUGGCCAUAUAAAUUUUAAUUCUCAUUGUUAUGGUUUUAUUUGGUAUGCUGCGCUGCAAUGGAACAUCACUCUCUGUCACGCUGCAAAAACUCAAAUCUCAGCAGGAGGAAUCGUCUGAUUUCUAAUCUUAAAUAUCACAUUACAAUCAUUAUAGCCGCAUUUAUCUGACAGUUCCAGACAAACAUCUUAUUUCAAGAUAUUUGAGAAAUAAAGAAAAAAAGCCUGAAUAGCAUGUGAUAGGUAAAAAUAACCAGCCGAGGGGGCAGGAAAUUCUACUUGUCGGGUAUCUUGAAAUGAGAUGUAUCAUUUAAAUUAGUCCAUAUGUCUCCAUUCAAGACAUUCGUCAAAUGUUCUUGCCCCGGAUCUUAUAGUUUUUAGAAGCAUUUCUGGCCUUAUUUUGUUCUUUUUAUAGCUUUAAGGAGCAGUAUGUAAGUCUGACACCUAGUAGUUAAAAUGGGUACUGCAG